AUGGCGUCUAAGAUAAUUGUUGUGGGGACUGUAAACUGCUCAAUCAGAGAAGUGUUCACCAAGCUGGCAAAGCUGCAGACCAAGCAGAACUUCACUUUCGCUAUUAUCUCUGGGGAGCUUUUCGGAGAUGGAUCAAGUGAGGAGGAACUGAAGGACAUUGCGGCAUUGUUAAAUGGUACAAUCAAAGUGCCGUUACCCACUUAUUUCACUGUUGGAAAUCACACGAUUCCAAAACGCGUCAUUGAAAAGAUUGAAUCUGAUGAUGAAGUCUGUCCGAAUCUCUAUUUUCUUGGUAGACGUGGAACCCUCAAGACAUCCGAAGGCAUCAAAAUUGUGGCGCUGGGGGGUAGCUUUGAAGAUUCCGCAACGCCUGCGUCAGGGUUAAGCGAUAAAUACUUACCCCGGUACACAGAAUUCGAUGCCAGAUCGCUAUUCGAAGCUCACGGCGCUGAUAUUUUAAUAACAAAUCAAUGGCCAAAAUCGAUUCAUAAUGGCUCAGAAGUGUCAUUGCCAGAGAAUGCCAAAACACCAGAAGGCACACAAUGCGUGGCAGACCUCUGCGCGACUUUGAAACCUCGAUAUCAUUUUUCGUCAGGCGCCCCUUUCUUUUACGAGCGCGAACCGUUCUUUCACCUCCCCACAGAAGAAGCUCCUGAUGUAAAAAAAAUUACUCGAUUCAUCAACCUGGCUCCGUUCAGCAAGUCAUCAAAGCAAAAAUGGCUGUACGCUUUCACUAUGGAUCCACAAGCAGCUCCGUUAACGGCUAUUCCACCUGGUACUACAGCAUCGCCACUCCUCUUUGCGUCAAAAAAGCGACAUGCUCUCCCGGGCCAGCAAGAGUCCUUUAGUCGCUUUGCACAUGGAGAUGACUAUCAUCGACCUAGCAAGCGUAUUCGAAGACCCCCGCCGGGACCUUCAGAAUGCUUCUUCUGUUUGUCAAAUCCAAAUAUUGCCACUCAUCUCAUUACCUCCAUAGGCUCAGAUAGCUAUCUCACUACUGCAAAGGGCCCGUUACCUACUUCUGCUACAUUCCGCAGUCUAGGAUUUCCCGGACACUUGUUAAUAAUACCUUUAACUCAUGCACCGACUUUCGAUGAAAUUGAAGAUUCUAAUUCGAAGGUAGCUACUAUCAAAGAGAUGCAGAGAUACCGGUCCGCCCUGCAUGCUAUGCUGGAUGAACGAUCCCAAGGCGAGCUGGGCGCGGUCACCUGGGAAGUAAGCCGCAGUAAUGGGGUACACAUCCAUUGGCAAUUCCUUCCAGUUCCCUCGGACCUAGUGACCGGUGGUUUAGUAGAGGCGGCUUUCAAGGUGGAAGCCGAAAAUCUCAGUUACCCGAAAAUCCAGAAGGUGGACAACAGUACGUCGGAAAAGGGAGAUUACUUUCGAGUAAAGAUCUGGAGCCCUUCGCCGAGAGCCUUGGAGGGCGGAGAAAGGGCAGGGGAAGGGGUAAAACCAGGCACGGAAACUACUCUGAUCCUUCCGCUAUCGCCGGAGUUCAGGUUCGAUCUUCAGUUUGGCAGGCGAGUGAUGGCUAAACUCCUCGAACUCGAGAAGAGGAUGAACUGGAGAGAUGAUAUCCAAUCGCAGGAAGAAGAGACAGCCGAUGCGGAUGACUUCAAGAAGGCUUUUGAGAAGUUUGACUUUUCGCUUGAAGAAUAG